GGCGAGUGGCGGGGAUGGUAACAAAACUCCGGAGGGUCGCGCUGGGGUGCACGUUGUCCUUGCGGGGCUUGUUCUUUCGUGGCCGGGGGCUCUAGGACCUUGGCGCCCGGUCGCUCGCUCGCCAGCGGGGGCGAUGGCGUUUCUGCGAGGCCUGUGGAGCGCGCUGAGCGCCCUGGGAAAGUCCGGGCUGGACCUGUGCGCGGACUGCGGACACCGGCUGCGCCUUCCCCUCAGUUCUGUAUACGUACCGAGAUGGUUUUCAUCCACGACCGGUUAUCCAAAGAAGCCCAUGACUUCCUAUGUUCGAUUUUCCAAAGAACAACUACCAUUAUUUAAAGCUCAGAACCCAGAUGCAAAAAAUUCAGAACUAAUUAGAAAAAUUGCCCAACUAUGGAGGGAACUUCCUGAUUCAGACAAAAAAGUAUAUGAAGAUGCUUACAGGGCAGAAUGGGAGGCAUACAAAGAAGAAAUAAACAGAAUUCAAAAACAGCUAACCCCAAGUCAGAUUGUAUCCUUGGAAAAAGAAAUUUUGCAAAAACGUAUGAAAAAGAAAGCAUUACUAAAGAAGAGAGAGUUAACACUGCUUGGAAAACCAAAAAGACCUCGCUCAGCUUACAAUAUUUUUAUAGCUGAAAGAUUUCAAGACGCUAAGGAGAGUUCAUCACAGAACAAGCUGAAAAGUGUAAAUGAAAACUGGAAAAACCUUUCUAGCUCUCAAAAACAAGUAUAUAUCCAACGUGCUGAAGAUGAUAAAGUUCGUUAUUAUAAUGAAAUUAAAGCUUGGGAGGAACAAAUGGUUGAAGCUGGACGAACUGAUCUUCUCCGUCGCAAAACAAAGUCCUCAGCAAAAGAAGACAUUGAGAGUUAUUAAAAUAGAAGAUUGAGUUAGGUUUUUAAUGGAUAGACACAAGAAACUAAGCCUCAAAACCUGAAGCUGUUGUAAUACUAGAAAGGAUAAAGUUGUCAAACAUUUAUAUUUAAUUCCUUUUUUUUGAGCCCAUGGACUUCUGAGAGUUGAGUAAAUUUUGUAUUAGUUUCUUGCUUUGGAAAUCCCAAACAGGUAAAAUUUCACGUGAAAUUUAUGUUUAGGAACUACUAAAGGUCAAAAUAAUCCCUGGAAUGUUCAGUGAAUCAUUUUACCUUUGAUAAAGGUAAAUAAAGCUGUGAACUUUUUUUUAUACUUGAUAACUAUGGAAAAAUAUUCUUGUUUCCUUACAUUAUGGAGACAGGAAUUUCCUAUUUAGAUGUUCCAAAGUAUAGAAAUCAUAGUAUUGUUUGAUGUAAUUGUGCAUCUUUUGAGACUUCCCAAAACUCAUCUAGGUCAAUUCCAGUUCAUAGGUAUGACUAAUACUAUAUUCAAAGUUGAUGCUUGUAUAUGCAAGGAAUUAGAUUGCAGUAUUUUAUAAAUGGAAUAGAGAGAUUUAAAAACUUUUUCUCAUUGUCUUUUUUCCUAGAGUGAAAAUUAAGAAAUUAUGUACUAAAUCUAUGCAAACUAUUUUUUAUUGCAUAGAAUAAAAUUUUUAAAUAUUUCCAGAUUAUGUUAUAAGAUGAAAGACUCAUAACUUUUUUUUUUCUUCCUUUAUUAAGUGGGGAUUUAUAUUCUGAAAUAUUUUCUUCUUUCAUGUGAGUGUAUUUAUCCAGAAAGUAGAGGGUUUGUCUGGUUUAAAUUUUAAAAUGAGAGAUCUACAAAACAGGUCUUCGGUCUGUAGAUUUCAAACCUAUAAUUUUAAAUAAUUUUGCAUCACAUUUAAAAACCUGUACAUAAGGCACAGCCAACUUUGGCCUGUGGUUCAAGUCCAUCUCCGUGCUUUCUUUUCAGGACCAGUGAGCUAACAGUUGUGUUUUCAAUUUUAAAUGGUUGGAAACAAUUUUUCAAGACACUGAAAAUUAAUAGGAAAUUCAGUAUCCAUAAAUAGAGGUUUUUGGAAUACUGCCACACAUUGUUUAUGGCAAUUUUUGUGCUACUUGGACAGAAUUGAAUAGCUACUACAGAGACAGUAGAUGAAGAAAUCUUAAAUUAUUUCCUUUCUCACCCUCUGUAAAAUUUAUCAGCCCCUGUUCUGUGGUAUAGUGUGACUAGUGUUCAACACAUUGAUGUUGUAGUUGAUGAAUUUUUGCGUGGUUUUGUUUGUUUUAUGUUUUCACGGAUUUUUGUUUAAGAAUAUUCAUCUUAAGAGGAAAUAAGUUAAAUCACCAAGCUUUUUGCUUUAUGGUGUUAGCAAGGAAAGUAAUUUUUAUUUUCAAAUUAUUUCAUAUGAUUUUAAAAAAUCCAUAUAGUAUGGAAUUGGGAAUUUCAUAUUUGCUGUCACUUGAUAAAAUAAACCUUGAGUUUUCCGGUAGCACAUAUCCAGAACUAUACCAAUCUUUUAAUUUUUUUAAAAUUCUCUUAAUAGUUUCCAGCGAGAUAGUACAGCUGGUAGGGCACUCGUUGGUGCACCGUUUACCUGGUUUGAUCCCAGGCAUCCCAUAUGAUCCGUGGUUCCUGAGCUCAGAGCCAGGAAAAACCCCUGAGCACUGCCAGGUGUGGCCCCAAAACAAAAUUUUUUUAAAAGAAUUCUCUUGAGAUUGUUAAGUAAAGGUUUUAAAAAUUCACAGUAUCUUUUUGAGCAAAAUAAUUCUUCUUUCAUCAGUCCACAGGAAUAAGGUAGCUCAACAUUUGUAUAUAAUUUAUAUUAUGCAAAAUAUUUUAAAAUUAUAGAUUCUACAUCUUCAGAAAAUUGUUAAAAUUUUUGUUCUUCAUGGAUAGAAAAUAGUCAUGAAAACGAAAAGGACAUAGUUGUUAUGUACUACUGAAGUUGACAGGAGUUGAAGAGAAAACUACAGCAUUAAAGAAAGUAUAAGAAUUUAUAUGCUUCUUGGGGCUGGAGUAGGGGGCAUAGCGGGUAGGGCGUUUGCCUUGCACGCGGCCGACCCGGGUUCAUAUGGUCCCAUAGCAUCCCAUAUGGUCCCCUGAGCACCGCCAGGAGUUAAUUCCUGAGUGCAGAGCCAGGAGUAACCCCUGUGCAUCGCCAGGUGUGACCCAAAAACAAAACAAAACAAAAAAAGAAUUUAUAUGCUUCUUUAUGUCUAUACACAUAUAUAGAGAGAGUGAGGUGAGCAUUGAGAAAUAGCUUUCUCCUAUGGUUAUAAAUGCAGGACAAAGCCUGCAAUUAGUAAAAUUAGUACCACAGAUCUGAGAUUAGAAUAUUAAGGAGCAGAGAAGUUGAGGAGGAAUAAGUUAGAGUAUCUAUCAGCCUUUCUUAGUUAGGUUUCCAAGAGAGAAUUAAGUCCUAAUUCUUGGUGAUAUAGGAUGUACUGAUUACGUACUAUCCUAAAGAGAACAGAGAAAGUCUUCACUUGAGUUGCUUGUGCUCAGUGAGCACAAGUAUUUGUCAUGAACAUUAAAGAAUGGGUAAGGUAGAUGUAACACCUGCAGGACAUGUGGAAUAUAAAACACAUCUUUGUAAUUAUUCUCCUCAGACCUCUUAUCAUUUAACUGCUGUACACAUUUGGAUCAUAUCUUACCAGGUGUCUUGGAAAGUUCAGUGUUUGCUGAAUUUUCAGGUAAUUGUAACUAAUAUGGAAAACAGUGCAACAGUGAAAGGAACUGGAGCGAAAUUAUUAUAGUUCUACUUGUCUAAAAAGGAGGGUUUUUUUGAUACAUUGAAGAAUAGUAUACCAUACACCAAAUGUCAUCCGGUUUAAUAAUGGGCACAUUUUCUAAAGAAUAAGAACUUCAUCAGUAACCAGUGGCUGCUCAUAGAGCUUUAUUACUUACCUAGACUUUGAACUUUGUUAAGUUAACCCAACAGAGUAAUUGCUGUAGGAGAUAAAAAGUAAUUGCUGCAGGAGAUAAAAGAUAAAAUAUAAAAAAGAUUUUUUAUAAAAGAUAAAAAAUGCUGAAGAAAUUAAACAAAGCAAUGAUUGUACUGUUUUGAGCAGUUAGAUCAUAAAGGUAUUGUUAUACUUUUGUUCACUGGUAUCAAUUUUGAAACAGUUUAAUGAUAGCGGGUUUGUGUGAUCAUUCUUUUUGCUGUUUACAUCAAAAAUACUAUGUGCCAAUUCAGCCUAAUGUAAUCAUGUAAUUUUGGUAUUGCUUUUGGCUAAUUUUUUUUUUUUAAAUAAACCCCAUUUUAAAAAUAGGGCUUAUUUUAAGAAUAGUUUAUCUGAAUGUGUGUUUAAAUUUCUGAAUUAAAAUAAUUGCUGUAAGUGAAUUUAAAGUAACUGGAAAUUUUAUUUUUCCCCCCUGACAUUUGCUGUACCUAAAUUUAAUCACCACUAGGUUGUGCUAAAACAGUAUGAAGUUUUUAUGAAGUUAAUUGGUAGUUUUUACUCUUGAUCAGUAAUUACUGUUUCCCCUCCUCACAGCUGCGGUUUCAUCCUUCUCUUUAGCAUAGCACCAAAUUCUUAAACAGAUUUGAAAAUGUAAUAAGAACAGUUUCUGUGUUUUGAAAUUUUAAAGUAACUAUAUUUUCUUAAUGAGUCUUUGGGAAGAAUUAGAAAAUGAGCAUAUUUUUUUACUUUGAGAUUGUAAAACUUACCAGAUAGAAAAAGCAUACAAAGCUAGUAUCACCACUUUCUCACAUUGUUCAUAAUAAAGUAUUUUUGAUAAAUUGUUGGUUAUAUUUAAUGGAAAAUAUUAGAACAUUCAUUUCUAAGCCAUUUUCUACUACAGUUAGGAAAUACUAAAAAUGCAUUUCACUGCAUAAGGACUCAAUAGAAAUUGACUCUGAACAAGAAUUUUAAAUAAGCUAAAUGUUUUAAUGGUUGUAGCGCCAUUUGAAGCACUGUUACAUAAUGGUUUCUGAUUUAUAUAUAUGAUGUUUGAGAAAUACUCGAAUUUAUUCUUUUUAAACCUGUUUUAAUUAAGAAUGCAUCCAGUUUUUUUACUUUCCUUUCCAGUAGAUUGUCAUUAAGAUAUGGGAAAAACAAAGGAGUACAUAGUUUUGAGAGGAAAAAAGAAGUUUAAUUGGUUAUAUCCAUUGUUCAGACUUUAUUUAAAUAAAUGCUUUUUAAUACAAAAUUAA